AAAAGAAAAUGUUACAUCCUUUGAACUCUAAUUUGGGAAAUAAUCCUGAAAUCAGCGUGCUCGAACGACAGCGUUUGCGCCUCAAAUGGCAGCAAGAACAGCAAAAUCUCGCGUUUUUCAACGAAAGCGUGUUUUCGGACGGCGUUUUUUCCGACUUUAACGGCGACCAUGGCUUCGGCGAGCUGCUUAUGGGCGGAGCGAUGAAACCCGACCCGGAUGUGGAAACCGGGUGGGAUUGCGGUAACUGGUCCGGGUUAGGCUGCGCCCUACCCAGAACCGUCAGCUGCCCGCCGAAUAUGGCGGCGCUGCAGCCUGUUACUGCGGCCCAGGAGCCGGCCCUCAGCUCAGCCGCCGCCUCCGCCGCAAGGGAGAGCUCCAAGAAGCGAAAGGCCGACAAAAAUCAAAACCCUAAGGUUAUUGGAACAGAAAAUUCAUCAUCGGAGGAUAAAAGGAUGAAAAUGUAUAAUAAAGAAGAGGGUUCUAAAAUCACCGAGCAAAAUUGCAGCAGCAAAAGCACCACCACAACUGUUACAAACAGCAAAAACUCAAAAUUGCCCUCUGCAAAUGCAAAGGAGAAUUCGAAAACAUCCGAAAACCCGAACCCGAAGCCCGAUUAUAUCCACGUACGGGCCCGUCGAGGUCAGGCCACCGAUAGCCACAGCUUGGCCGAAAGAGUAAGAAGGGAGAAAAUAAGUGAAAGAAUGAAAUUCUUGCAAGAUUUGGUCCCUGGGUGCAACAAAAUAACUGGAAAAGCUGGAAUGCUAGAUGAGAUAAUCAACUAUGUCCAAUCCCUACAAAGACAAGUGGAGUUCUUGUCUAUGAAGCUGGCUGCAGUAAAUUCAAGACUUGAUUUUGACAUUGAUAACUAUCUAGUUAACGAUAAUUUAUGCCCACAGAUCGGGACUUCAUCAAACGUGCUAAAUCCGGCUAUGGUUCGGUUUGAUAAUUUAGGACAAGGAGUCCCGAAUAAUGCUAGUCUUGAAAUGGUUUCGGAUGCUAUGGAUUCCACUCUGAGGAGGACCAUAAGUGCUCCUGUUUCAAUCCCUCAGACAUUUCUUCAUUCACAAUCCAGUUUGAAUCAAAUUCAGCAGCUAACAUGGGAGAAUGAACUGCAAAAUCUCUACAGCAUGGAGUGUCAACAAGGAGAAGCAACACCGUUUANUUUGGUGUUUUUGUGCAAAUUAUUAAGCAUACUAGAUUUUGCGCCACUUGAUGCUGGAGAUGUGAAAGCACUAAAAACCAGUUGUACUGUACAAGCCCUUGAACAACAAAUCCUAUUCAACUGUUUGUUUGUUUUUUUUUUCCCCCAAACUACAAGUUGUGUAUAAUUUAUGUAUACUUCCAAGUUGCAUAUUACCAAUGAAUAUGGUUAGUUACAGAUAAUAAUGCAAGGUGUGCCCAGUUUUGUUCUUGAAUUUCUUUCAUAGAUAAAAUAAACAGACUUGACAUCGUAUUAUAUAGAUACGAAUACGAUAAUGGCCCAGUUAUCUUUUGAACUUUCGAUCUCGUUUAUAAAUUUUUGGCUUUUAAAGAAA